AUGGCGAAUCUCUCUCCCAACAUGAUCCUCGGAUCCGUAUCCGAGUCUUCUGCAGCUUCGCCGGUCGAACCCUUCGAAGCCCUUGCGAUGGAGCAGCCAAAGCUCAAGGGAAGGGCGAAAUUUCUCCGCGGUCUCCAGCGAAUUUCGUCCUCUCCGUCGCUCGCACAAUUUGGGAGGAGGAUGGUUGAAAGCAGUCCAUACACUGGCCGUGAUACAUUGUCGUGUGCGAGUUUGUCAUCUGGCACUCCACGCAACCAUGACAGUCCAUACCCCUCCCGAUCAUCUGGAGCGGGCUUCUCUACAGCCCCGACUACUCCUUGCCAGGGGCUCGGACAGAGCUCAUUUACUUCUAGCACUUCAACAAUGCCUAUAAGUGCUUCGCCGUUGAACCUGAGAUCCCAGUCAAGUCAAGGCGCAACAAAUGUGGUCGUUCCCGAGAUCUUCGAUGACUAUUUUUCGCUACCAGUACCUGCACCGAAGCCCAAAAGACGGGCCAACUUCAACUUUUGGAGAGAUAUGCCGCCCGAACUCAGACUGGCAGUCUUUGCAUUUCUGAGGCCGAAAGAAUUGGUUCGGGUCUCGGUUGUAAGCAAACUGUUCCACGAAACAUGCUUUGAUGGGCAGCUCUGGACUUGUUUCGAUGCCUCCGAAUUCUGCAAGACCAUUUCAGCUGAAUCUCUCGCCAAAAUCAUUGUGACUGCGGGGUCAUUUGUAAAGGAUAUCAAUCUUCGGGGCUGUGUUCAGGUCGAACAUUACAAGCGGGCAGAGGUCGUAGUCAAGGCUUGCCGAAACUUGAUCAGCGCAAAUCUCGAGGGAUGCAAGAAUUUCCAGCGAUCUACGCUUCACAAUCUAGUGAAGAAUAACGAGAGAUUGGCGAGCCUGACUCUUACUGGUUUGCCAGCUGUUACUAAUAGCACAUGCAAGAUCAUUGCUAAAUCAUGCCCGUCGUUAGAGAUGUUCAAUGUUAGUUGGUGUACCCACAUGGAUGCUCGAGGAGUUCAGACUGUCAUCAAUGGAUGUCCGAAGUUAAAGGACCUACGAGCAGGUGAACUCAGAGGCUUUCACAACCUCGAGGUUGCUCAGGAUAUCUUUGACACCAACAACCUGGAAAGGCUUGUCCUCAGCGGCUGCUCAGAUAUUACCGAUGAAGCUUUGCAAAUAAUUCUUCACGGUAAAGAGCCUGACCUAGAUAUCCUCACAGAUAUCCCUAUCGUACCUAUCCGAAAGCUCCGACACCUCGACCUUAGCCGUUGCAGUCGCUUGACAAACGCCGGCAUCAGGACACUCGCCCACCUGGUACCUGCACUUGAAGGUCUCCAGCUCAGCGGUUGCAUGGCACUGACCGACAAUGCCCUCUCCAAUGUGCUGGCCACCAUUCCAAAGCUCACCCACCUCGACCUCGAAGAGCUAUCGGAACUCACUAACAGCUUCCUCUCGGAGCACCUGGCCAAAGCACCAUGCGCACCCAGCCUUGAACACCUGUCAAUCAGCUACUGUGAGAAUAUCGGAGACACGGGCAUGCUCCCUGUCAUCCGCGCCUGCACUAGUCUCCGUCGCGUCGACAUGGACAAUACCAAGAUCAGCGAUCUCGUGCUCGCUGAAGCAGCAAGCAUGGUCUGCGCCCGCUCCUUACGCGCAACCGGCGUCCGAUCUCCUCCCCGCGUCUCUCUGCAGAUGAUCGUGUUCGACUGCAGCAACGUGACCUGGACCGGUGUCCGCGAAGUCAUAUCACGCAACUCGGAAUUCCGCAAACGCAGUGGCUCGCGAAAAGGUACAUAUGCCACCGAGCUCAUCGGCAUAAAAUGUUUUUGCGGGUGGCAGGCAACGGUUGAUGAGCAUAUGCGAAGAGUAUUAGGGGGCGAUAUUCCUGCGGCGAGACGUCUGGAGCACAAGUGGGCGAGUUUCAUGAUGACUAUUGCGGAGCUGGGCACCGAUGGAGGGGACUCGAGGAGGAGGAGAAGGAGGGCGAGGGAGGCGCAGAUGAUGCAUGCUGAUGAGGAAGAAGGCGGUUUUGGCAUGGGCGGGAUUGGACGAAGACGAAGGGCGAGGAGCAAUGGGUGUGCGAUGAUGUGA